AUGGACUGCGACUGCGACGUGCCCAGCAGCUCGCUGCUGCUGCGGCAGACCCGCCUGUCUGCUGCUGCUGCUCUCGACUUCAGCUGCAGCAGCAGCAGCAGCAGCAGCGCGGCUCCGGAGGCCGCUUCUGCGCUGCCUCAGGUGUACAGACACUCCGUUGCUGCUUCGGCUCUCCGCCAGAAACGCCGAAGAACAGCAAAGUCCCCUGAGCCAGCAGCAGCAGCAGCAACAGCAGCAGCAGCAGCAGCAGCAGCAGCAGCAGCAGGGAGUCCUUCAGUGGCUCUUUGGGUCAAGAGGUGCUGCUUGUACAUCCGCAGCAGCAGCCUCGCUCCCCCUCGAGAUACAGAAAGCCCCAAACUCGCCGCUGCAUGCAAUGCAUGCAAUGCAUGCAAUGCAUGCAAUGCAUGCAAUGCAUGCAAUGCAUGCAAUGCAUGCACUGCAUGCAAUGCAUGCAAUGCAUGCACUGCAUGCAAUGCAUGCAGUGCAUGCAUUGCAUGCGCAGCCGGGGCCCCGAGGGAGGCGUCUGGCAGCGGCCACGCAGCAGCAGCAGCAGCAGCAGCAGCAGCAACGGCAGCAGCAGCAGCAGCAGGUCUUCAGCGCGGCGCUGGGGGCAGCAGCGCAGGGGCCCCAGUUUAUUUUUCGGCUGCAGAGGCGCCGCAAGCAGCAGCAGCAGCAGCAGCAGCAGCAGCAGCAGCAGCAGCAGCAGACUCUUGCUGCUCCCCCUAUGCAGCAGCAAAUGAGUACCUUUUGCUUUGCCACAAUGAGCGCCUGCACAGACAAAGGCUGCGGGCGCCAGCAGCUGCUGCUGCUGCUGCUGCUGCUGCUGCAGCUGGGGAGGGGCGUUUGGGCCCGCGAGAGCCCGCGGGCGCAGCAGCAGCAGCAGCAGCAGCAGCAGGUGUACGUACACCCGAACUGCUGGGGCCGCCCGGAGGAGGAAAAGACAGCGGAGGGGCUGUGGGGUGUAUAGACACCUCAGCUGGGGCGUGUGGGGUUUUGGGGGCGGCAGGGUGUCUAGACACCGCAGCGCCUGCUGCUGCAGCAGCUGCUGCAGCAGCUGCUGCUGCAGCAGCAGCAGCUGCUGCUGCUGCAGCAGACUACAGCAGCGCAAAUGCAUUUAUUAAAAAGCUGCAGUUCUCCUGA